CCCAUUCGCCUACAGUUUUACAAAUGGCCGAAAAAAAUUAUCUUUUGAAAAUGUUUGUAAAGACAUACUUUUGCGUCUACAUUUAAAUACUGUUCAGUGAACGUGAUAAUAUUUGCUUUACUAUUUCAUUUUAUGAUGGUGGUUGCAACUUUAACAAAACAUCUAAGUUGAAUGACAAUACUUGACUAACCUUAAUUUGGAAAGUAAAAUGGAUCUUCCCCAACCACCUCAAGAUCAAGAUCUACGUAAUAUAAUAGACAAACUUGCCCAGUUUGUCGCAAGAAAUGGACCGGAAUUUGAGAAAAUGACCAAGAACAAACAGAAGAAUAAUCCAAAAUUCAGCUUCCUGUAUGGCGGAGAAUAUUUCAACUACUACCAGUACAAAGUGACGACAGAACAAGCAAUUCUAAAGCAAUCGGCCGGUGGCCAGGCGGCACCCGCUCCCGCCGGGGCUUAUAUGGCACAGAACAGGCAAUAUGUAAUGCCCCAACAGGCCGGUGCGACGCCCGCUCAGCUCGGCCUAGCGGCUUCGAUGGCAGCGGCACCUGCGUUGCAGCAGUGGCUUGCGGCCAACUCUGCACCUCCCUCGACGCCGCAGCACAGCCAACACGAAGUUGAGAACGUCAAUGCACAGAUCAACAUGUUAAAAGAACAGAUUAGUCAGUCGGAGAAUAAUCUGAGCGCUCAACAUUCUGUGUUGAUACAACAACAGCAAACUAAGAUCAAUGAACUGGUGAGCAAGGCUCAAGUGGAGACCAUUCAAAUGAUGGCUGACGAGAUUAACAUUAGCCUUCCAGAACUGGACAAUAUCCUGCAGCCAAUCAUUGAAACUUGUACUAAAGAUAGUAUUUCAUCAGGUAAGGGCUGGAUUUUGCAACAUGCAUCAUCAAAUGUUGCUGGCAAAGUGAUAUCACAACAUCUUCUAAGAAAGGUGACCCAACCAGGUGCAGCAUUCACACAGAAACUUCACAUCAUUUACCUUGUUAAUGAUGUGCUACAUCAUUGUGCACGCAAAAACGCAGAAGAUCUCAAGAAAAAUUUGGAAAAUGUGGUGGUUCCAAUGUUUUGCAAUGCCAGUAUAGCUGUUACUGAAGAACAGGAGGCUAAGUUGAACAAGUUGCUCCGACUAUGGGAAUCCAAGUCUAAUUAUUUCGAGACUGCUGUCAUUGAGAAAAUGAAGAGUCCUACUAGUUCCUAUCAAGACUAUCAAAAUAAUUUGAUUGCCCAGCACUCUAAUGCCAUUUCACAUCUUACACAACAAACAAAGGCCACUUUUGAGAACUAUCAGACGCAACACCAAGCAUUCGUCACUCAUACAUUGCAACAGAUUCAGCAACUAGAAAUACAGAAACGUGCUCUUGAAUUGCAAAAUAUGGAACAAAAUAAUGACAUACAACAACAAAAUAAUAUACAACAACAAAAUAAUAUACAACAACAAAAUAAUAUACAACAGCAAAAUAAUAUUAAAAAUUCUUUCCAAAAUAAUAAUUUUGACCAAGGGUUCCAACAAAUGGGUGGUUUUGAAACAAAUUUUAACUCAAAUAAUCAAUUGUAUGGUAGUGAAAGUGGAGACAAUUAUGCAUCUAACAACAGUGUAAGCGGGAAUGAAAAUAGUUAUGAUAGUCAGACAUUUGAUCAGAUUACAAAUAAACAAAAUGAUACGGUAGAAGAGCCGGAUUUGAUUAAUCUUCCAAAUGUCAAUUUCUCACAACCACCACCAGGUUUUGAGCCAAAUGAUUCUGCAUUAUUAGCAUUCCAAAAUGGUCUUCCUGAUCUUAGUAAACCCCCACCUGGCUUCCUGCCAUUCCCUGAAAUAAAUAAUGAAGAGUUGAUGCCAUCUGUACCUUAUUUCGAGUUGCCGGCUGGUUUGAUGGUCCCUCUUAUUAUGUUGGAGGAUGAUAGGUAUAAGCCAUUAGACCCUGCACAUAUUCGUUUACCGCCACCAGCUCCACCCAAUGAGAGGCUUCUUGCAGCAGUUGAUGCAUUCUACGCAUCGCCUAACCACGAACGACCCAGAGAUAAUGAGGGCUGGGAAAAACUUGGAUUAUAUGAGUAUUAUAAAGCUAAGAAUGCAGCUAGAAAAAAUAAAGAAGAAGCAAUAGCACAGGGCAUCAGACAGAAGUCAAGAUCUCCGAGCCCAAUACCUAAAGAUCUCCAGAAACAACCCACCCCACCUGGAAGAAGAUACAGGUCAAAAAGCAAAACGCCAGAAAAGCCAUCACCAGCAAAGUCAAGGUCAAGGUCUCCUUCACCAAGACGGAAAACAUCUUCAUGGAGGAGAGAUCGGGAGAGAGAAAGUCGCAGGCGUUCCCGGUCCAGAUCUCGUUCGCGGUCGCGCAGUCGCUCACGAGAGCGGGAGCGUCACCGGGAGUCGCCACGGUCGCGGCGAGUCGAACGUUCUAGAUCACCGACACCGCCUAGCUUUCUGGGUGGAGCUUAUCCUACUACCUCUGGUGGUAUAGAUUCUAGUAAUAAAGGGCAUCAACUCUUACAAAAGAUGGGUUGGAGUGCGGGCGGUCUUGGCGCGUCUGGUCAAGGUAUAGCAGAGCCAAUUAGUGGUGGCGCCGUGCGUGAUAGACAGGAUCAAUAUAAAGGUGUUGGAGUGAAUUUAAAUGACCCCUAUGAAAACUUUAGAAAGAACAAAGGUGCAGCAUUUAUAACAAGAAUGAAAGAAAGAGCACUAGAGCGUUCGUCGUGAUCGCCGUAGAAUUAUGGUUAUGUGUAAAUGUGUACAAUUGCGAUUGUGUGGUUCAGAUAUGAUUUAUUUUAUCUAAAUCGUCGUAAAUAAAACUAUAUGAAUUUUG